AUGGUCCAGCGUUUGACAUACCAUCGGAGGCUGUCUUACAACACAGCCUCUAACAAAACGAGGCUGUCUCAAACCCCUGGUAAUAGAAUCAUUUACCUUUAUACCAAGAAGGUUGAAAAAACACCAAAGUCUGCAUGUGGUAUGUGCCCAGGCCAACUUCAUGGAGUUCGUGCCAUGAGACCUUACGUUCUAAUGAGGUUGUCUAAAACGAAAACACAUGGCAGCAGGGCCUAUGAUGGAUUCACGUGUGCCAAAUGUGUCCGAGACAGGAUCAAGUGUGCUUUCCUUAUCGAGGAGCAGAAAGUUGUUGUGAAGUAUUGA